GUGAAGAUAGCUACAUAUGCACGCUCUUUCCGUUGGUAUCGUAGGCGCACCCACCGCUGACUGGGCACAGCCUUCAUCUUGACCGCGAACAGAGGACGACAAGUGUUCGCAAGCAGUCGCACAUUUCAAGGUCAGGCCCCGGGACAAAAGAAGUACACAGAUCGAAGCAUCUGCCGUGUUGACCUCCCGGUCUUGGGGUUGAUGUAAUUCUUCAGAACGGGAACACAAGACAUGGAGAUGCAUAAGCGGAUAUGCCCAGUAGCCACGGACAUGACCUCCGCACCUCGGGCAAUGUAAUCUCACGCCUUGCCCCCCGCCAACUACCUCUCUCUACAUAAAUACAACGAGAACCGCGUGUGAUUCAGACUCGUGAGACGCCGAGAAGCUCAGAGAUACCAUCAUGUCCAGCUCAACAGUCCACGUUGCCGUCACCCAGGCCGAGCCCGUCUGGUUUGACCUCCACGGUGCCGUCACAAAGACGUGUAAGCUCAUCAGCGAGGCCGCAGCAAACAAGGCACAGCUCGUCGCAUUCCCAGAAUGCUUCAUACCCGGCUACCCAGCGUGGAUCUGGAGCCGCCCAGUCGACUUCGAUACCAACGUCAAGUAUAUCAAGAACUCGCUCAGGCUCGCCUCACCCGAGAUGGACGCUCUCAAAGCCUGCGCUCGUGAGAACAGCAUCGCCGUCUCCCUCGGCUUCUCCGAGAACGACGACGACUCCCUGUAUAUCGCCCAGGCGCUCAUCGGUGCAGACGGCGAGCUCAAGGUCCACCGGCGCAAGAUGAAGCCCACGCACAUGGAGCGCACCAUCUUUGGCGACGCGACUGGCGGCGGCGAGGGCGGCGGCGGCGGCGGAUCCUGCCUGGUUUCCGUCGCUCAGCUGCCCUUCGCCCGGGUCGGACAGCUAUCAUGCUGGGAGCACAUACAGCCGCUGCUCAAGUUCAACACCAUCUCCCAGCGGGAGCAGAUCCACGUCGCCGCGUGGCCCAGCGUGGAUCCCCACUCGGGGUCCGGGCCUGACCUGUGGUCCAUGUCUGCCGAGGGCUGCCAGAGUCUGGCUAGGGUCUACGCCGUCGAGGCUGUCGCCUUUGUCCUGCAUUGCACUGCCGUCUUGACCGACAAGGCGAUCGAGGCAAACGGCACUGCUGGCUCGCCCAUGAUGGGGGCUCCGGGCGGAGGCUCCUCGGCAAUCUUCGGUCCGGACGGGAGGAGGCUGACCGAGCCACUGGGGCCCCACGAAGAGGGCAUCAUCUAUGCUGACUUGGAUCUAGAUGAGAUCACGAGGAUCAAGAUGUUUGCUCAUUGCACGGGUCAUUACAGCAGGCCUGAUCUGAUGUGGCUCAGCGUGGACAGCAAUGACAAGAGCCUAGUCAGGGCAGCGGCAGCGGCAGCGGCAGCGGAGGGUCGCCCGUGAAGCAUUGUGAAAACGCUCGUUCCGCACGACAAGAAUGACUCGUCCUGUAUUGAAAUAUUAUCAGAUCAACGAGGCCGCGUGCCCUUCAUCAACCUCCCUUGGUAGGUAUAUGAACUUACGGCAUGAAUUGGGUUUCUCACUCGUGUUUUGCGGCCUCGGAUUCCAUCUCACCGAGAACCGAAGCUACCCAGGUACGUGUUGUUCAUGCCGCUUUGGUGGCAUAUUCAAUCAAGGUCAUGGACUCCGUUCAGUCAUUCUGGAAACUCGACCCCGUCUGACAAGGUAAAUGUUACGAGCUCCCCUCGCCAUAUGCUUCGUGGCUAUGCCGAAUCAUGCCACACAUCUCGCCAACUGGUCUACCCCUGUGGAAGAAAAGGCGAUAUAAGGCUGAUUCAUAAUAUGCUUCAAUUAAUACUACGAAUUUAUGCUGGGCUACUGAGUCCUAAUG